GCAUCCUCCUCGUCCUCGUCCUCCUCCUCUCCUGAACCAUCCUACCAUUGGAGGUGCUUGUUGGGCCGAUUUUGGUCGCUGUCAUCGGCGCUCAACAUGGCAUCGACGCUGGCAUGGCCGCGGACGCCCUCUACUCCCUCCUCGUCGGCCUCCUCUUCUUCCUCACGCCUACCUACCAAUGCCUUGUCCUCCUCGCCGCCACCCCACCCAGCAUCCUCUUUCGAAGCUCUGCUACGGACGCCACCCCCUUCUUCUUCCUCGUAUGCUGCCGCACAAGGAGUCUAUACCCCACCAUCAUCCCCGCCUCUCCCUCCCCUACAACCUACGCCGACAUCGUCUCGGACAUUACACCUUCGCUCCCCUCAUAAGCCAGUAGCCCAUCCUGCUCGAUCAACUGUUCCUCUGCCAGCUUCUUCUCCUUCCUCCUCGCGGAGGAAGCAGCAGCUGAUCGUCAAGGGCAAUGUCACACCCUCGCGCGCCUCUGCCUUUUUCCACCCAAGACCACAACGUCGAGAUGCGCAAGGCCCCUCGUGCACUCCUUCCUCCACCCGAGGGUACUAUGCCUCACUGACGGCCUCCAGUCCUUCAAGCCAUACUUCGGCGCGAAGAGGAGUGAAGAGGCAAAGGAGGCCAGAGGAAAGCAUACCGGAGUCGCCUAGUAGUAGUCGGCGCGGGAGGAGGGAUCGAAUGAUGCUCGAGGGAGAAAGUGCAAGGCACUGGGAUGACUCGUCUGAUGAUGACGAUGAGGCAGGGCAGAUGGGAGAUCGGAGGUUGUUUGAUUGGGGAGCCUCAGAUGACGAAGAUUUGAUGUCCUUGGCGACGUCUGCACCUCGUUCGAUGACGAGGAGAGGACCUACUUCGCCAUCCAUAGGUUCAGCAGCUCGUAGGGCAGGUCUGCCAACUUCACAGCCUUCGCGGACACGGCGACAACAGCGGACAUUUGGUCUUGACGAUGAAGCCACGCCCUCCCCUCGUAAGCCAGUACCGAUGGCCAUGAGAGGCAGUCAAGCUGGUGUUGACCUUGCCAGCGCCAUGGCUACGCUGCGAUGUGGGGCAGGAGCCGGAGCCGGAAGGGGAAUGAGUGCGAUGAACGCUAUACGCAAUCGAGUGUCUCAUGUCCCCGCCUACCAAAAGUAUCGGUCACACCCGGAUCACUCCAUCUAUACCCUGCCGUCUUUGGCAAAUGGCGGAGAGACACUAAAUCAACCUCUGGCCUGCGCCUACUCGUACUCUUCACGCUCCUACACUUCAUCUCGGCAAUGGCUAGCUGUGGGGGACAACGAGGGAGUCCUCUCUCUGCUGGACACCUCUCGCGACCAGACAUUGUCAACAUAUCGCUCGAUCCACGAUGGCCCGGCAGUUGACAGGCCCACCUGGCAAGCGACCAUCGGCAGUCUCUUCUCCGUCUCUUGGCGUUUUGACGAUGCGUACUUGGCCAGUAGUGGCUCAGACUACACCACAAAAAUCUGGGACACAUCAACGCUAUCAUGUGUGCACUCGUUCGUAGGCUCCAGGGGCACCUCGAGAGCCAUUGAGUGGGACCCGCACUCUGGCGGCAAUCUGCUCGCAAGUGGCGGUAGGGACGGUGCGAUCCACGUAUACGACUUGCGGAUGGCGCAGAAGGAGGCGGUUAUCUCCACUGACAGCACAAUAGCCGACGACGCAGACAAGCUUGAGCCGACAUCGCCUCUACUCUCCCUCUGGUCUGCCCAUGCUCCAUCGCCGGCACUCACUGCUGCUGGCUUCCGCGCUAGAUCCAAUACGACGGCAAAGGGCGUGACGAGUCUCAUCUACCACCCACAUCGUCCACAUGCCCUCUUCACAGCCGGCUGCGCCGACGCGACGAUCAAGCUGUGGGAUCUCAGGUUCGCCGUGGACAGCGGGGCGGAGCAGCACCGUCAACAGCAGCAGAGGGGAAGCGAGGGUGUCAAGAAGGCUGGCAGCAAAGUUGCAGGAGAGCGAAUUCCCUUUGCUGACCUCAGCGCUCUGACGAACACCACCAGCACGUCGACCUCGUCGAGUAGUUCCUCCGCCAAGCGCAAGAUCCGCAAGCCGCGCAAAGCCCGUCCGGGCGACCCUUCCUUCGUGCUCUCCUCGACGGUCAAUGCCAACCCAGAAGACGCUUCCAAUGGCGGUACGGGCUUGGCGUCAGACCCACUGGAGAUCAAGCCUCUGUACGAGAGUGGCGACCUAAGUCUUAGCGUGGGCAAAGGGUGGAAUGCCCGAUCCCACGGGAUCAGCUGUCUUGCACAAGGAGGAGGGAAGAUCUUUGCUGCAGCGACCGACGGGAGGAUCUACUCGCUGCCUCUCUCUUCCCUCUCCCCUUCUUCCUCCUCUUCCUCUCCUCUAGGAAGCUCCCUCCCUCCCGCAUCGGCGUCAUUUGCAAACGAGGAAGAGCCCACAGUCCUCUACCAUUCAACUCAGCUGGGAAAUUCCCUCUACAAUCGACUGGCACUCUGUCCCGAUGAGAGAACACUGGCCAUUGGGUGUAACAAUGGAAGUGUGGUGCUCUGGGAUACAAAGGCGAGGAGCGCUGCCGUGCUUGGCUCUGAUUCUGGUUCUCGUUCUGGCUCAGGCUCGAGGGGUGGUGCGACAGCGGCGAGGAGAGAUAGAGGAGAGGAUAGUGAAGAGGAAGAGGACGAGGAAGAAGAGAACAGCAACCCCUUUUCCCGCCACGGUCUCCGUCGCCACCCCGGUCUCGCCACCUCCAGCUUUCUCCCCUCCAGUGGACGUGGCAGCACCGACAGUGGCAGUGGCAGUGGCAGUGGCAACAGUAUCGAAGGGCAUCGUCUCAACUGUGAGAUCAAUGCCCUGGACUGGUGCUUUGACGCUUAUGCUGGUUGGAGACUGGCGACUUGUGGGGAUGAUAUGACCGUUAGGGUUUGGGAGGGGGAGAUGUUUGGGUGAGGAUAGGAGAUGGGGAACGUUACAUUCAGGAGAUGGAAGUGGAAAUCUAUCACUACUACUACCAUCCAUAUUUCGCCUGAACGCUUGCUAUUGAUAUGAUAUGAUAUACUCAAUGAGGGAAGGGAAAGCAUCCCCCGAUCCUUCAUUCUAGUCUAUUUGCUUCCCCAGGCCUUGCCCACACCAUGUCUCCUCAAUUGCCCUCCAAUAGCUCCCCCCAUCUUAUGCUUCAUCUUCCACUCCUGAUGUUUUACAUUAUUCGCCAAGAUCUUAUCCUGUCUAUACCCAAUCUCUUUCGCCUCUACACUACUCUCUGCAGCUUUAAGUCUGCAAGGUCUACUACCAAUGUAUUUCCC